UCAUCAUCGGUGUCGUUGUUUACACAAACGUAGUAAAUUUAAACGCUAAUUGUCAUUAAAGCGGGUGUCCGUGCCGUCGAUUAUGUAUCAACAGAACGAAAUUUUUCACGCGUCUUUAAACGAAUACGAAUACAUACGCGUAAACGUAUUCUAAAUUUAAAAAUUUUGAAGCAAACAAAUUAAUAAUAAUAAAUAUAUAUAUAAAAAAAGAAAAUAUCUUAAGAUAAUCGAUUGCUUUUUUUUAAAUCUUUUUUCACUUCCUUAUAUAAGUGAAAGUAUGUGCGGGUAUUUAAUACUAAAACGAAAUAUGUGCAAAAAUUCAAAUUUAAUAAUAUCGAAACUUGAGAAAAGGUUUUAAGCUAAUGUAAGGCCGAUUACAUACGUUAUUCGAAUACGUGCAUAUAAACCAAGUUUCUUUUAAAGCAAUUAAUUGCUGCACAAAAAUAUUUACACUAAAAAUUAUUGUGAUUUAAUUACAAAAGGUAAACUAAACCUUUUGCUAAAAAAAAAAAAUUUUAUUCGAGACUUUGGUGGUUUAAGAAAAAAUCUGCCAAAAUUAUACUCGAAAUGGAUAUGACUUCUACGGCGGAAGCCGCCGCUCGCAGCUGGUACGAUAAUCCGCGUCUGGUAAGCAGUGGUUCGCCACAAACGAAUGGCAUUGGUGCUACCGCCUCAAGUUUGGGACAUCAUGGCUUAUCCGGCGGUUUAGGAUCUACGGCCAGCGGUAGCAGUGGUCUAGGCGGCGGCGGAGGGGGGGCCGGUUCGGGUAGCGGUCUAGGCUUAGAUACCACCGAUAUGGGUGCUUUUUAUGCUCUCGAAAGUAACGGUCAUCACAGACGUUACUAUCCCAGCUAUCAUCAGCACACUUCUCGAAUGCCAUCAUCACAUUCAUCACCUCAAAUGUGUCGGCCGCACUUUCAUCCACCACUGAGUUCGUGGCUGACCAGCGAUCACAAAUCGUUUGCACCCGCCAGUCCCUGGGGAAGCCCGUUUGCUUGUCCCCAAGAACCGCAAUUGGAUCAUAAAUUAUCUCAAGUUGGUCAAACGCAUCAAUCUUCAGUAACGGGGCAGCAUUCGUUUCCGUUUCCUCCCACACCGCCAAAAGAUUCAACUCCUGAUUCAGUACAAACAGGUCCGUCGGAGUAUCAGGCUGUUGUAAACGCUUUUAUGCAUCAAGCUCAAGCAACAGGAGCUACGACGCUAGCUGAUACGAGUUGUGCUUUAGAUAUAAAACCCACCAUACAGAAUAGUAAUUCGUCGAGCGGUCACAACGGCACUGCCCAGUCAUCAGCACCCAAACAACGUGAAGGUACUAAUAAUAAUAACAAUCAAACAUCCAAUAACAACAAUAAUAGCAUUAAUAAUAGUAAUCAAAAUAAUAAUUCAAUACAAACGAAUCACAAUCAGACUCAUGUUCCCUCUUCAUCGUCAGGAGGUGCGACUACCUCGGCGUCACAAAACGCUGCGCACCAUUCGAAUAGUAGUAAUACCGGUCUCUUCGAUGGGGUCGCACAAGGGCACUACGGCAGCUUGGGCAGUUCGGGGCUGGGGAGUAGUAAUGGUGUUGCGGGCAACACGAACAAUAGCAAUUAUGAUAGCAGUUAUGUGUCGUAUGCGGCACAUCAUCAUGCGGCUGCUCAACAUCAAGCGGCAGCCGCUGCUGCAGCUGGUAUGUUUCAAAGUUCCUCAAUGGCGGCAGCGGCCGUUGCCCGACAUCAUCAUCAUAGCCAUCAUCAUCACGGUAUGGGGAGCGCCGGGACAUCGAGUAUGGCCCAUGGUAUCGGCGUCGGACAUGGUAUGUCGGGCGCCUUAGGGGGCAAUUCGAACAGUACAACAGGUUUCAGCAGUGGGAACUCGGCAGAUGUGAAGCCGGACGUUAAACCGCGUACAAAGCCACGGACAAGUGCUGAGGGCCGAGAAUGUGUCAACUGCGGAGCCACAUCAACGCCUCUCUGGCGACGGGACGGUACUGGUCAUUAUUUGUGCAAUGCCUGUGGUUUAUAUUACAAGAUGAAUGGUCAAAAUCGACCCUUAAUUAAGCCAAAGCGAAGACUGACCCUGCAGUCAUUACAAAGUGCCGCCAAAAGAGCGGGGACUUCGUGUGCAAACUGCAAAACCACAACUACAACCCUUUGGCGGCGUAAUGCGAGUGGUGAACCAGUAUGUAAUGCCUGUGGCCUCUACUACAAGUUACAUAACGUUAAUCGGCCUCUGACGAUGAAGAAGGAAGGCAUUCAGACACGUAACCGUAAACUCUCUUCAAAAUCAAAAAAGAAAAAAGGUCUUGGAGGCGGCUGCUUACCAAUGGGUGGUCAUCUAGGUAUGGGAGAUUUUAAGCCUUUAGAUCCUUCGAAAGGUUUCGGUGGCGGUUUUACCGCUUCAAUGGCACAACACGGCCAUCUUUCCAGUGGUUUACAUCCGGCACAUGCGCAUAUGCACGGCGGUUGGUAUACUGGCGGCAUGGGAGCAUUAAGUGCCUCUAGCGGUCUACAAGGUGGUUUUUCAACAGCUGGCUCAUUGGGCGGUGCUGUUGUUCCUCACUCUCAGCCUUAUCAUUUAGGUUUGGGCUCAAUGGGCACUUGGCGCACAGAUUAUACGUGAUGGAGUGGUAAUAACUUAAAUAAUAAUCUAUUUAAUUGAGUCGCAGAAACAAACAAUGUUUCACACAAAUCACACAAUUGUCAGAGCAAACCAUUUUUAUCAAAUCUUCCUGAUAGACUUUUCAUUGGAUUGACGACAUCCAAACUGCGUUCCUAACUGCGUUCAGUUAUUAUCAUCAAUGUGGUGGUAUUUCAUAUGCAACACAAACUUUUCCACAUAAUCAUGUGCAAUUUUUUUAAACAUAUAUUUUAUUUAAUUUUAUUUUUUUUUUUCACUUUUCUUAUAUAAAUAUAUAU